UUCAUAUACCUUAAGUACAAAUCAUGCUUCUUUCCAAAUUACCCGCAAAAAUUCUUGUGGGCAUAUCUUCCGAUGCCGCCGAGAGCCACGACCUUAUUUCUUGGGCUAUUCGAGUUGUGGCCCGACCGGGCGACACUGUCGUCGCAUUUCAUGUAAUAGGGGCGACGCCGGAGAAUAAGUCUAUCGAAUCAAGAAAAGAGAACAAAAUCAAGAAGGAAUCAUCGAGAAAGAUUCAAAAGCAAAUACGGCAAGCCAAAUCGUACGCGAUAUCAAUCACAGGAGAACUCGUCAAGACAUCCCAAUCCCAUGAGGUGAAUCUUGAGGCAAGAAUCGGAAUAAAUUCUAGUACUGGUAAAUGUCUAGUACUCGAAGCCACAGCCAUGGCAGCCGACUAUCUCGUCAUAGGAGGCCAUCGAAGGAACAGGUCAGACCGCAGCGACUCAUUCAUAAACAUUAUGUGGAAGAAAUUUACGAGAAUUACAUUUGGCAUGAUUUUCUCGACUAGAACAACCUCGUCGGUCUCCAAGUACUGUUGCGAGCAUGUCCCCAAGGACUGCUCGUUGGUUAUUGUAAGAAGAACUCGACAGGAUCAUUUUUCCGACACCUCUUUGCUUCUUCAAGAUUGUCCCGAUGAAUCGAGCAAUAGAUGGUCCGAAAAGAACUCGGAUGUCGAAAGCUCAUUUUCAUCCGAUGAAAAUGAAAUAUCAACGAGCAUGAAGUGCAAAAAGCCAUCUCCGCGAACGGUACUCUCCAUAUGUGAGGAAGAUUCGCAAAGCAAUACAGACGAAGAUAGUUCAAACUCAAGCGAAUCACUCGCCACAUUUUCAACAUUAGUGACCGAAGAUAAACAAGAAUCGAGAAAGCCCAUCUCACCAUUCAAGAUUAUUUCGUCAUUCUUUCGCCUCCCAUCAUUCGAUGGGAGUGCGAGAAAGCAAGAAAAGGACUUGCUCAAGAACCAAAAGGAUCAACCUUUGCUCGAGUGUUUUAGCUAUCAACAACUUGCCAUUGCUACUAGAAACUUUUGCAUUGAAAACAUGGUGGGACAAGGAGGAUAUUCGGAAGUUUACAAAGGAGAAACGGCAAAGGGAUGUAGCAUAGCCGUGAAGCGUUUGGCGAAGGACAAUGCGAAUCCGGAGAAGGAAAAGGAGUUCCUCAUGGAGUUAGGGAUUAUCGGACAAGUCAAUCAUCCCAACACCGCGAAAUUGCUCGGAUUUUGCGUCGAAAAUGGACUUUACCUUGUCUUCGAACUAUAUCCAUACGGAACUCUUUCAUCCGCACUACAUGAGGCGACGAGGCCAUAUCUCGAUUGGCCCAUAAGAUACCGUAUAAUACUCGGGGUCGCGAGGGGUUUGCAUUACCUUCACAAGUGUUGCAAGCACCGGAUCAUCCAUCGGGACAUCAAGGCAUCGAAUGUUCUUCUUGGCCCCGACUACGAACCUCAAAUAUCGGAUUUUGGGCUCGCAAAGUGGCUUCCAAGUAAAUGGACUCACCAUGCUGUAAUUCCCAUUGAAGGAACAUUUGGAUACUUAGCCCCUGAGUACUUUAUGCACGGUAUUGUUGAUGAGAAGACCGAUGUCUUUGCAUUCGGUAUACUUCUCUUGGAAAUUAUUACGGGACGAAGGCCCGUUGACUCGACAGGACAACACCUACUUUUAUGGGCAAAGCCAUUGAUGGAAAGUGGAAAUUUGAAAGAAUUGGCAGAUCCAAAAAUGGAAGGGAGAUUUGAGAUGGAGGACUUCUACAGAGUGGCCCUAACGGCGUCGUAUUGUGUUAGACAGUCUUCUAUAUGGAGACCUUCUAUGACCGAGGUUUUACAAUUACUAAGAUAUGGGCAAGGAUUGGAAUUAUCAGAAAGUUGGAGGAUACCAAAAUUCACAAGUGAUGAAAUUGAUGAUUACUCUAUGGUCUUUGGAUAUGAACUUCCUUCUGAUUUGGCUUUGGAUGAUAUCUUGUUCAUGCAAUAGGAUUUUUCUUUU